ACUCGGCCUCGCAUUUUCUCUCUCUUUUUACUACUACUAACCAGGGAAAAUCCCGCCGCUGCUACCUUCUCCUCCUUUCUCUCUUUCAGUUUGAGAGUACUCUCCUCAAAGCUAACACUUUCACGAAGGAUUUUUUCUUUUCCUAAAUUUUUGACUGGGCUUUUCUGAAUGAUAAAAGAUUUGCCUUUUCUGACAUGGAAUAUACACUCAUCCUUGUUGAUUGAUUGAUAGAUUCAUUCUGACAUCCAUUUGUAUUUAGAAUCAAAUAUUGGGUAUAGAGCUUUUGACAUAUAAAAGAAAGAACAAGAAUCAAGAAUCAUGAGAGCAAGAUUGGUGGUAUUCCCAGUGAGAGGGAGGAAUUGGUGUUUUAGCAGAUCCAUGAACCCUUCCAUUGCGGAGGCUGCCUCAGCCUACACUCCCUCUACUCUUAAGGAACUCUGGAAGAAUAUUUCAUCCUCAAACUCCAACGCCCAUAAUGCUGAGCUUCUCAUUGAUUUUGUCUCCAACAAGAUGAAUAGAGCAUGGAUGGGUCUGGAGAAGGCACCAGAAGGCUCUUUCAAGAAUAAGAUUCAUGGGUUCGGAUUGAAGCUUUUGGCACGGGUUAAGCCAUCUGAGAUUUUCUUGAAAUCUAUAUCCAAGGAGGUCACUGAUGUUGAAAUUAUCUACCCCUCCAGUUUAAAUGCUCGACUUGUUCGCCGAAGAUUACGGCAUAUUGCCAUGAGGGGAGCUGCCAUACACAAGAGAUAUUUCAUUGGUUCAGUUGCUUUACUUCCAUUGACAAGUGCAUUUACUGUUUUACCUCUGCCCAAUAUCCCAUUUUUUUGGGUCUUAUUUCGCACUUAUUCUCAUUGGCGAGCUCGUCAGGGGAGUGAGAAGCUCCUUCAGCUGGUGUCAGAUUGUCCUACUGAGAAUUCAGAUAUUCCAAAUAUGAAGGAAAGUGAAAAUGAGAGAGGUGAUUCUGAGCACAAAAUCCAAAAGUUGCGAGGUUCUAUAUGGGUGCUGCAUCCAUCGAAGGAGCUCGAGGAACUACUUAAAUACGAAGAUGACAAUGAUGGCCUCAAGAAAUGUGUUAUUUCAAAUAUCUGCAAGACCUUUAAUUUGAACACAAACGAUGUAAUGAAGUUUAGGCAUAUGAUGUAGUUUUAACUUGCUUUGUGCAUUUUUCCAUUGGGAAUGUAAUAUAAGUAGAGGUGACAAUACAUUCUAAUGGAUAAAAAGUCCAUUCCAUUUUUUCCAAGUUGUUCUAUACUCCUAUGUCGUCAUAUUAGAAGAAAGUUUGGAAUAAAUCUUUGUAAAAGUUUAGCAAUAAUGAUCUUAAUGAAUUUGCCUAA